CGGAGCCGUGGGGGCGGGUUCCCGGGCCCGCUGUCUGCGGCCGGCGGGCAGGCGACUCCUGUCCCGAGUGGAGGCGGCGGAGCCGGAGCCGGGGGAGGGGGCAGCGGCUGUCUGAAGGACCGCGGCGUCGCCCGCAGCUCCUCAUCGACAAUCACACCUGUCGGCGGUGGCACGCACGCUCGCUGCCCCUCUCCGCUGCCCGCCUGCACCCGCCUGGCCGGGCCACCCGCUCGCCGCCGCCGCCGGCCGGCGCCGCACCUGAGCGCAGGUGGCCGCUGGACCCUGUCCCUUCCGUCUGCACACCUUGGGAUCCGAUCCAGCCCUUGCUGCACCGCACAGGGCCCUCAGGGGCCUCUGAGAUCCCCUCACCACCACCCACCACGAGGAGGUGCCUUCCAGGGCGGCCGCAGCUUGCAGCGCUCCGGUGGUGGAGCGAUCCGAGAAACAAGGAGACCAGCGCCGGUCCAGUAGCCGUAAUGGGAAAAGACUAUUAUAAGAUCCUGGGGAUCCCGUCAGGGGCCAAUGAGGAUGAGAUCAAGAAAGCCUACCGGAAGAUGGCCCUCAAGUACCACCCAGACAAGAACAAAGAGCCCAACGCUGAGGAGAAGUUCAAGGAGAUUGCUGAGGCCUACGAUGUGCUGAGUGACCCCAAGAAGAGGGGCCUCUAUGACCAGUAUGGGGAGGAAGGCCUGAAGACCGGCGGUGGCUCAUCGGGUGGCUCCAGUGGCUCCUUCCACUACACCUUUCAUGGGGACCCCCACGCCACCUUUGCUUCCUUCUUUGGUGGCUCCAACCCCUUCGAUAUCUUCUUUGCCAGCAGUCGCUCCACUCGCCCCUUCAGUGGCUUUGACCCUGAUGACAUGGAUGUGGAUGAAGAUGAGGACCCCUUUGGUGCCUUUGGCCGCUUUGGCUUCAAUGGGCUAAGCAGGGGUCCAAGGCGAGCCCCCGAAUCGCUGUACCCUCGGCGCAAGGUGCAGGACCCCCCGGUGGUGCACGAGCUGCGGGUAUCCCUGGAGGAGAUCUACCAUGGCUCUACCAAGCGCAUGAAAAUCACAAGGCGGCGCCUCAACCCAGACGGGCGAACUGUGCGCACUGAGGACAAGAUCCUGCAUAUUGUUAUCAAACGGGGCUGGAAGGAGGGAACCAAGAUCACCUUCCCCAAAGAGGGCGAUGCCACCCCAGACAACAUCCCUGCUGACAUUGUCUUCGUUCUUAAAGACAAACCCCAUGCACACUUUCGCAGAGAUGGCACCAAUGUGCUCUACAGUGCCCUGAUCAGCCUCAAAGAGGCGCUGUGUGGCUGCACCGUGAACAUUCCCACCAUUGACGGCCGUGUGAUCCCUCUGCCCUGCAAUGACGUCAUCAAGCCAGGCACCGUGAAGAGACUCCGUGGGGAGGGCCUGCCCUUCCCCAAGGUGCCCACCCAGCGGGGAGACCUCAUUGUCGAGUUCAAAGUUCGCUUCCCAGACAGAUUGACACCACAGACCCGACAGAUCCUUAAGCAGCACCUCCCCUGUUCCUAGGCUCUGCCCCGGCCAGCCCAGAGUCUUCCACAGCAAUACCCCCAACUCUCACCCUGCCCACAUGCACCCGGCUUGAUGUCCACUGGACACUGGCAACUUUUUCUAAAAUGAAAAAAAAAAAAACAAGAAAAGAAAAAAAAAGGUUUUUAGGACAAUGUUCCUGUCCCUGACCCCUCUCAGAGCUGGGCUGUCUUGGGGGAGUGGGAGGGAAUCGGGGAGAGCUAGCCCAGGCCUGGGGUCAAUUUUCGUGUCACUUGCUUUGAAUCCAGUUCCCACUCUAGUGGCUGGAGAGAGACCUGAGUGCUACUUGAAGAUGCAGAGGUUCCUCGUCCACGCCUGUAAAUAGCAUGCCCUCCUCCCCUCUCAGCUUCGCAACUAAUCUGUCCUCCCUCCCUGCCCUGCUUCUUCCCAUUGCGGAAGAGGGGAGCAAGGACUCUGCUUUGCCACCACCGCCUGGUCCCUGGGCCGGUGUCUGAGGUUCCUGCACUCACACUCUUACAGAUACACACACACACACACACACACACACACACACACACACACACACACACACGCUCACUUCAAGCUGUCUGUGCCUCUCAGAGUGGAGAGAGGAAGAGAAGGGUCCAGAAACCCUGAGCUGGGCCACUGAGCACGAGACACUUUUCAUUUGGGGGACAGUGAGGUGAAGGGGGCCCUCAGAGCCUCCCCGUCAGCCCUCCUGCCUCGACCCCACAAAACUGGAAGUUGAGUCCUCAGGAGCCUCAAAGGAGGAGCGAGGGAGGAACCUGCUAAGCGCAGAAUUCGGGGCAAGGGAUGGGGGCCACACCCCAGCCUUCCUCAGGACCGGAAAGGGCUUCAGGGUCAGGUGGCAGCAACACCCCACCAAGAGAUUCAGCGUCACAGGUUUCUCCCCACACCUCUGAACUCAGGGCCUAGCCACCCCCAAACUUCCAAAUCCCAUUUUUGUGCUACAUGGAGCGAUUCUGACCCUUUGUGGAGGCUGCUGAGGGGGACUGUCAUCCCUCUGAGCCCAUGUGAGCCACCCCACUCCCACGGCUGCAGGAAGGUCUAAUAGUGGGGGAGCCAGGGAACUGGCUUCAGCGAGGUCCUGGGGUGGGGUCUUUAGGUUUUCUCACUUUGACAAGCCCCUGAAUGUUUUUAUAGUAGUUUUUUGUAUUUUUUUGUAAUGACAGUAUUAUGGAAAAAAUAAUAAAGUAUUUUAAAAAUAAG